CCACAAACUAUGGAGACAACAGGUGACCAAUUGAUAUUGGCCACCGGUGGAUAUGAUCACACAAUAAAACUGUGGCAGGCCCAUACCGGCAAUUGCAUACAAUCGCUUAAGUUUGUAGAAACAUCGCAAGUAAAUGCCCUAGAUCGUACACCGGAUAAAAAUCGCCUGGCAGCCUGUGGCUAUCAAUGCAUUCGGCUGUACGAUUUAAAAACAAACAUGACCGUCAUCAAUUUCGAAAGUGUACAGAAAAAUGUCACCCGUCUGGGGUUUCAAGAGGAUGGCAAAUGGAUGUUCACCGCCGGUGAAGAUCAUCGGGUACGCAUUUGGGAUAUGUUAUCCGAUUCACCACACUGUUCGCGUGUCUUUGACUGCCAAGCACCCGUUAAUGCAGCCUGUCUGCAUCCCAACCAGGUGGAAAUUGCCAUGGGAGCCCAAAAUGGCGGUGUCUAUUUGUGGGAUGUCAAGUCCGAGGUGCACGAACAGCUAAUACCCGAAGUUGAUGCCUCCAUACAGGAUGUUGCCAUAUCACCCGAUGGCCAGUACAUGGCUGCGGUCAACAACAAAGGCAAUUGUUAUAUUUGGGUCUUAAGUUCCUCGCCAAAUCAAAAACUCAGUACACUACAUCCCAAGCUGAAAAUUGCCGCUCACAAGCGAUAUGUGUUGCGGUGUAAAUUUUCUCCCGAUUCCCGUUUGCUUGUAACUACCUCAGGCGAUGGCACGGCCCGCGUUUGGAAAACCGAUGACUUCACCAUGUGGCGUGAGCUGUCCAUUGAAAAUGCAUGGGUAUGGGAUGCGGCAUUUAGUGCCGAUUCAAAAUAUCUAUUCACCGCCUCCAGUGAUGCCAUUGCCCGUCUAUGGAAAUUGGAAACGAAAAAUCCGGAACGUAAAUAUACCGGUCAUACCAAAGCCAUAACAGCACUCUCGUUCAAAGAUGAAAUUGUAUCCGAAUAACAUCAAGCAUUAACGCGGAAGAAGUUAGCAUCCUCUGCCGGUGAGAAUUGUAUUAAAA